AAGAUAAGGAGGAGGAGGAGGAAGGUUUUUUUUUCUUUCAGCCACAUGUUGCUGUGCUUCACUAAAGGGCUGCAGCAGCCCGAGCCACCUCGCCUGUGCCGCCACCUGUAGCAGCAAGGAGGAGGAGGAGGCGGAGGAGGACAUCUUUCAUCUUCAGUGGCCUCGGCGAGUCAGAGAGCUCCUCGGCGGACGCAGAUGAAAGCGCCAUGCCUGGACUCAUCAACAAGGAGAACCGGAGCCCUCUACCCCUCAGCAUCUCUGACAUCACUUCCUGCGUCAGAGGCUACACCCAGGCCAUGACGGCUUCCAUGGCGUACGAAAACAUAGAGGACCAUGCCAUCGAAGGGAUUUUCAUCUACCCGCUGGAGGAGAAAGCCAUUGUCGUGGGCUUCGAGGCCAUGAUCUCCAGCCAGAUCAUCACGCUGCAGAUCAAAGACAAGGCCAAGAUGGACGACUGUUACAACGGCGUGCCAAACGGAGCACCACCUAGCGGCGUUGGCCACGUAGUCCUGGACGAGGACUUGGAGAGGACGGUGCUCGUCGUCAACCUGGGCCUCAUCCCUCCCUUGGAGACGGUCCACAUCCUGGUCAGCACUUCCUGCGAGCUGUCCACUCUGCCCAGCGGCGGCAUCAGCUUGUCCACGCCGGCGGUUUGCACGCCGCGUGUGCAGAGGAGCAUCAACGAGGAGCAGGGCUUGUCCCCCAACUUCUCCAGAGUGCGAGACAGACAUCCCUCCAGCCCACACGAUGCAGCUACCAGCAGCCCUCAAUUCUGUUUGGCUGCUCUGCUGGAGGAUGAGGCCAUCAACUCCAUGGACUACCAGUUCAACUUCCAGCUGGAGAUACGAGCCCCUUAUCUCCUCGCAGGUGUGGAGAGCCCGUCUCACGCCAUCCGAGCCGACGCCGACCCUCUGGCCCGCUCGGCCACCAGCGUGGUCAUCACCCUGGCGGACAAGUACACUUACGACUGUCCGGUGAAGAUCCUCAUCUACCCCAGCGAACCCCACGUGCCUCAGGUGCUCAUGGAGAGCGGAGACAUGACGCCGGACGAGUACGACGAGUUCCUCCGCGGCCGCAGCGACUUCAUCAAGGCUACCAAGAAGGAUUCCAGCGACGAGAAGAAGGUGGAGAUCAUCCACAGGCGUCUGCACAAGGACGUGCUCCACAACCCCGUGGUGAUGCUCAACUUGUGUCCCGACCUCAAGCCUGUCCGCUCCGACCUGAGGAAGGUGCACGGCGAGUUCAUCUUCCUCAUCGACCGCAGCGGCAGCAUGAGCGGCGUCAACAUCAACCGCGUCAAGGAUGCCAUGGUGGUGAUCCUCAAGAGUCUGGUACCAGGCUGCCUGUUCAACAUCGUCAGUUUCGGCUCCACCUUCAAAUCUCUUUUCUCUGCCAGCCAGAACUACCAGGAGGAGGCGCUGCAUUUGGCCUGCGAGUACGUCCGCAAGAUCCGAGCCGACAUGGGGGGCACCAACAUCCUGGCGCCGUUAAAGUGGAUCCUGAGGCAGCCCAUGUUCAGCGGACACCCGCGUCUGCUCUUCCUGCUGACGGACGGGGCGGUGAGCGACACGGGCAAGGUCAUCGAGCUGGUGCGCAGCCACGCCCGCUACGUCAGAUGCUUCACAUUCGGCAUCGGGCAGAGCGCGUGCAGGAGGAUGGUGCAGCAACUGGCCGCCGUGUCCAAAGGGACAGCUGAGUUCCUGGCGCAGGGCGAGAGGCUCCAACCGCGCAUGAUCAAGUCCCUGAAGAAGACCAUGCGCCCGGUCCUCAGUGACAUCUCCAUCGAGUGGCUCUUCCCCGAGACCAAGGAGGUCCUGCUUUCCCCGGUGGGCAACACCUUCCUGUAUCCUGGCGACAGUCUGAUCGGGUACGCCGUGGUUUGCGACGCCACCCGCUACCACACCAACCCCAGAUCUGACAAGAGACGGCGAUACAGCAUGAUGCGCUCUGUGGGCUCGGGGAGCUCCGUCUUUUACCACUCCCAAGAGGAGGACCUGCUGAGGACCCCUGCCGACAAAGAAACACCUCGGGGCGUUCUGCACGACCCCAACCGGGACACCGUGGCGGACACCAACUCGGUCGACGACGACGCGUCGGGCCUGGAGGCUCAGGCGAGGAGGCGAGCGUACAGCACCAACCAAAUAGCCGAGCACCUCCCGGCUAAGAAGUACACCUCCAGUGAUCCCAGCUCCGUCAUGCCCAAGAACCCUCUGAGGAGAGCCCAAGUCCAGGAGCUGCUCGGCCACGUGAGCCCCGAGCACGAAACCCACUGGAGGAGAGACUUCCAGCCUCAGCUGGCCAGUCUGUGCGCCGCGUCUUCGGAAGAGCGUCCUCCUGGGGUCCAGGAACCUCCGCCGGGGGAGGCGGGCUCGGAGGCUCGGGAUAGCGCGGCGCAAGCCCGGGAUGGCAACGUCGCCGGAGAGGACGGAUCCAGGUCAUCCACAGAGAGUCCGUCCAUAGGCAGCGUGGGAGAUGCAGAAGGAUACAGCCACCAGCUCUGUCAGCCCGAAACGCCGCAGGACAUCCUAAGCGUGGACGCGGCGGCCCGACGGCGAGGCGAGUGCAAGGCGGUGGUGUCGGGGGUGCUCUGCGGGAAGGCGGUCCACUGGGAGGUGCUCUUCGACGUGGAGCCCUUCCUGAAGGGGCGGGAGCGCGAGGAGAAGGUCCACGAGGAGCUGUGGAACGAGACCUUCCACCAUCUGGCCGCGCGCUCCAUCAUCCACGACUUCGAGCACAUGGCCGACAGGGAGAGCGAAAUCGAACACGGCUGCGGCAGGAAGUACCAAGUGUACGCCAUCCACACCAGCAAGGCCUGCAACAUCCUCAGCAAACACACCACCCUCAUCCCCGUCGACCUGGACACCAACGAGUACCUGCACACCUGCAUCGAGUACAUCCACCCAGGCGACGGCUUUAAAAGAGGCUCGCGCUCCAAUUCGGGGAGCAGGAAGAACCGGGCUUACUCGGUGGGACUGGGCCGCUCGCAGUCUGGCGGCGUGUCGGAGGACGCGGAGGACGCCGCCACGCAUAACAGUGUGGACGACGCCGUCUCUCCCUGCAGCACGCCGUCCUCGUCCGGCUGGGAGAGAUGCAGUUUUACAGAAGUGACCCAAAGGAGUCCAUCGGUGACGUCAGACCAGUCUCAGAAAUCGGCGGAGGGUCUUUUUUCUGCCAGGUUGGCACUGAGCAGGACUCGCCUCCUGACCAGGGCCGCCAGAGGGUUCAUGAGCCGGUCCCACAGCAAGUCGGCGGAGUCCAUGGGCGAGGGCGAGAACGAGAACAAGGACUACAUUCCUCUGGUGUCGCUGCAGCUGGCGUGCGGCGCCUUCCCGCUGGACGCCGCCCUGUGCGACGCCAUCAACGUGCCCAUGGACAAGCUGAAGUGGCGCUCCCCCUUCAGCAGCCACCGCAGCAGCCUGGGCCGCCGCACAGAGAGCGCCGAAGAUGAGCCGUGUGACCCGCCGGCGUGCGCGGACGCUGCGGAGGCGGCCCACGGCGGGGCGCUGGACCCGGAGUGCCUGGUGUGGGCGACGGCGGUGGCCCUGGCCUGGCUGGAGCACAGCUCCGCCAGCUACUUCAUCGAGUGGGAGCUGUUGGCCGCCAAGGCCAGCAUGUGGCUGGACGACCAGGACGUACCGGAAGGCCGAGACGUGGCGUCGGUGAAGGCCGCCGCCAACCAGCUCUUCAUCAUCCUCAGACACUGGGAGGACAACCUGCAGCUCAACAUGCUGUGCUACAACCCCAACAGUGUGUGAGCGACACACACACCUCUGUCUGUCUGUCUGUCUGUCUGUCUGUCUGUCUGUGUGUGUGUCUGUCUGUCUGUCUGUCUGUCUGUGUGUCUUACCCCUCUAAACAUAUCAGCGUCAGUACGUUUACAUGCACUCCAUUAACGUUUACUCUCGCAGUAUACUUGUUAUGUUCAUAGGGGGCGCUAUUUCCUUUUAUUACCACCCCCAACAUAUGGCGCUUGGUAAUGCAGCAUGCGCUUUUGUACACUCACCGUUUUCACACGCGCGGGUCAAUGUUUCCAUGACGACGGCGACCGGUUUCACUUCAUAUACCGGGACUCAAACGGUUAAUCGACUUAUUUGAUUAGGAAAAAAAACAACUUUGAUUCGUAUUAUGUUGCUUCCGUUAGUCGUUUAAUUAAUGUAACCAGUAAGAAUCUGAUAAAAAAUCCGUAAAAAGAAGGUGGAACAAGUUGAAUAGAAGGUAAACGAUGGUAAAAGCAGGUAAUAAAGUGAAAACAAAGGUAAAAGAAGGAAUAUGGAUUGUAAAACUCAGGUAAAAAUAGAAGUUAGAAGUAGUAAAUAAAAGGUAAACGGAGAACUAUAGAAGGUAAAAUAAGCUAAAUAAAAGAUAAAAGAAGUAAUAUAGAAGGUAAAAUAAGUUCAGUAGAAGGUAAAGAAGCUAAAUAAAGGGUAAAAGAAGGAAUACAAAAGGUAAAAGUGAAGUAGAAAAAGGGGAAAAAGAAGUUAGAAGUAAUAAAUAAAAGGUAAACCAAGGAAUAUAGAAGUUAAAAUAAGUUAAAUAGAAGGUAAAAGAAGCUAAAUAAAAGGUAAAAGAAGGAAUAGCAGGUAAAAGUCAGGUAAAAAAGGGGAAAAUAGAAGUUAGAAGUAGUAAAUAAAAGGUAAACGAAGGAGUAAAAAUGUUAAAAUAAGUUAAAUGGAAGGUAAAGAAGCAAAAAAAAAAAAAGGUAAAACAAGGAAUAUAAAAGGUAAAAUAAGGUCAAUAGAAGGUAAAAUAACCUAAAUAAAAGGUAAAAGAAGGAAUAUUGAAGGCAAAAGUCAGGUUAAAACGGGGAAACAGAAGUUAGAAGUAGUAAAUAAAAGGUAAACGAAGAAUUAUAGAAGGUAAACUAAGCUAAACAAAAGGUAAAAGAAGGAAUAUAGAAGGUAAAAUAAGUUCAGUAGAAGGUAAAGAAGCUAAAUAAAAGGUAAAAGAAGGAAUAUAGAAGGUAAAAGUCAAGUAUAAGAGGGGAAAAUGAAGUCAGAAGUAAUAAAUAAAAGGUAAACGAAGGAAUAUAGAAGGUAAAAUAAGUUAAAUAGAGUGUCAAAGAUGCUAAAUAAAAGGUAAAAGAAGGAAUAUAGAAGGUAAAAUAAGGUACAAAAAAAAAGGGGGACAUAGAAGUUAGAAUUAGUACAUAAAAGGUAAACGGAAGAAUAUGGAAGGUAAAAUAAGUUAAAUAGAAGGUAAAGAAGCUAAAUAAAGGGUAAAAGAAGGAAUAUAGAAGGUAAAAGUCAAGUAGAAAAAGGGGAAAAAGAAGUUAGAAGUAAUAAAUAAAAGGUAAACAAAGAAUAUAGAAGGUAAAAAGUUAAAUAGAGUGUCAAAGAUGCUAAAUAAAAGGUAAAAGAAGGACUAUAAAAGGUAAAAUAAUGUAAAUGGAAGGUUAAAGAAAGUAAAAGAAGGAAUAUAGAAGGUAAAAGUCAGGUAAUAAAACGGGAAAUAGAAGUUAGAAGUAGUAAAUAAAAGGUAAACAGAGGAAUAUAGAAGGUUAAAGAAGUUAAAUAGAAGGUCAAAGAAGCUAAAUAAAAGGUAAAAGAAGGAAUAUAGAAGGUAAAAUAAGUUAAAUAGAAGGUUAAAGAAGGAAUAUAGAAGGUAAAAGUCAGGUAAUAAAAGGGGAAAUAGAAGUUAAAAGUAUUAAGUAAAAGGUAAAUGGAGGAAUAUAGAAGGUAAAAUAAGUUAAAUAGAAGGUAAAAGAAGCUAAAUAAAAGGUAAAAGAAAGAAUAUAGAAGGUAAAAGUCAGGUAAAAAAGGGGAAAAUAGAAGUUAGAAGUAGUAAAUAAAAGGUAAACGAAGGAGUAUAGAAGGUAAAAUAAGUUAAAUAGAAGGUAAAGAAGCUUAAAAAAAAAGGUAAAAGAAGGAAUAUAGAAGGUAAAAGUCAGGUAAAAAAAGGGGAAAUAGUAGUUAGAAGUAGUAAAUAAAAGGUAAACGGAGGAAUAUAGACGGUAAAAGAAGUUACAUAGAAGGUCAAAGAAGCUAAAUAGAAGGUAAAAGAAGGAAUAUAGAAGGUAAAAUAAGUUCAAUCAAAUGUUUAAAAAAGGAAUACAGAAAGUAAAACAAGGUUUGUUUGUUUUAUUGCAGUAUUUUUCAUCCACCUGAAGUGUUUUUAAUCUACAAAACCCAAAAGCAGUGAAGUUGUCACGUUGUGUAAAUGGUAAAUAAAAAGAGAAUACAAUGAUUUGCAAAUCCUUUUUAACUUAUAUUCAAUUGAAUAGACUGCAAAGACAAGACAUUUAAUGUUCACACUGGUAAACUUUGUUAUUUUUUGCAAAUAUUAGCUCAUUUGGAAUUUGAUGCCUGCGACAUGUUUCAAAAAAGCUGGCACAAGUGGCAAAAAAGAUUGAGAAAGUUGAGGAAUGCUCACCAAACACUUAUUUGGAACAUUCCACAGGUGAACAGGCUAAUUGGGAACAGGUGGGUGCCAUGAUUGGGUAUAAAAGCAGAUUCCAUGAAAUGCUCAGUCAUUCACAAACAAGGAUGGGGCGAGGGUCACCACUUUGUCAACAAAUGCCUGAGCAAGGAAUUUAAGGGAUUUCACCAUCUACGGUCUGUAAUAUCAUCAAAAGGUUCAGAGAAUCUGGAGAAAUCACUGCACGUAACAUUGAAUGCCCAUGACCUUCGAUUCCUCAGGCGGUACUGCAUCAAAAAGCAACAUCAGUGUGUAAAGGAUAUCACCACAUGGGCUCAGGAACACUUCAGAAGACCACUGCCAGUAACUACAGUUGGUUGCUACAUCUGUAAGUGCAAGUUAAAACUCUACCAUGCAAAGCCAAAGCCAUUUAUCAACAACACCCAGAAACGCUUCGCUGGGCUCGAGUUCAUCUAAAGUGGACUGAUGCAAAUUGGAAAAGUGUUCUGUGGUCUGACGAGUCCACAUUUCAGAUUGUUUUUGGAAACUGUGGACAUUGUGUCCUCCGGACCAAAGAGGAAAAGAACCAUCCGGAUUGUUCUAGGCGCAAAAUUGAAAAGCCAGCAUCUGUGAUGGUAUGGGGGUGUAUUAGUGCCCAAGACAUGGGUAACUUACACAUCUGUGAAGGCACCAUUACUGCUGAAAGGUACAUACAGGCUUUGGAGCAACAUAUGUUGCCAUCCAAGCAACGUUAUCAUGGACGCCCCUGCUUAUUUCAGCAAGACAAUGCCAAGCCAGGUGUUACAACAGCGUGGCUUCGUAGUAAAAGAGUGCAGGUACUAGACUGGCCUGCCUGUAGUCCAGACCUGUCUCCCAUUGAAAAUGUGUGGUGCAUUAUGAAGCCUAAAAUACCACAACGGAGACCCCCGGACUGUUGAACAACUUAAGCUGUACAUCAAGCAAGAAUGGGAAAGGAUUCCACCUGAGAAGCUUCAAAAAUGUGUCUCCUCAGUUCCCAAACGUUUACUGAGUGUUGUUAAAAGGAAAGGCCAUGUAACACAGUGGUAAAAAUGCCCCUGUGACAACUUUUUUGGCAAUGUGUUGCUGCCAUUAAAUUCUAAGUUCAUGAUUAUUUGCACCAAAAAAAAGAAGUUUCUCAGU